UUAAACGUAAGCGACUUUUCCAGAAAAUGUCCUGAAAACGCAAACCAAGCAAGCAGACGUACUGUUCUCACGUCUUCCACUACAGUCUGUGAUUGGAUUAGAAGCGACCAAUGGGAGGCUGACAGGACUAAAACGCUUGGGUGUGGGCAGGCGCCUUGCUGACAAGAGUAUAGUGAAGUAGAAUGUUUGGGAAACUUUAUAAUACGCUGGUUUUUGUUCUGCUUUUCUGCCAUGAUCUAUGUGAUUGUCAAAAAAAGAAAGAGACUUUGCUAUCAGAGAAGGUGACUCAAAUGAUGGACUGGACCUCGAAGCGUUCAGUCAUCAGAAUGAAUGGAGAGAAGUUCCGUCGCUUUGUCAAAGCUCAUCCAAGAAACUACUCCGUAUUCAUCAUGUUCACAGCACUACAGCCGCAGCGGCAAUGUGGCGUUUGCAGACAAGCUGAUGAGGAGUUCCAUGUGCUAGCUAACUCCUGGCAUUAUUCCUCUGCGUUUACAAACAGAAUCUUUUUUGCAUCAGUGGAUUUUGAUGAAGGAUCAGAUGUGUUUCAGAUGCUCAAUAUGAACUCUGCUCCAACUUUCCUCCACUUCCCAUCGAAAGGGAAACCUCGGCGAUCAGACACCUACGAGCUGCAGGUCAAGGGCUUUUCAGCCGAACAGCUGGCUAGAUGGGUGGCAGACAGAACAGAUGUACAAAUCCGUGUCAUUCGUCCGCCCAACUAUGCAGGGCCACUCUUGUUGGGCUUUCUCCUGGCUGUGAUUGGUGGACUGGCAUAUCUACGAAGAAAUAAUUUGGAGUUUCUUUUUAACAAAAAUGUUUGGGCCUUUUCUGCUCUGUGCUUUACCCUGAUCAUGACUUCUGGCCAAAUGUGGAACCAUAUCAGAGGACCACCUUAUGCACACAAGAACCCCAAUACCGGACAAGUGAGUUACUUCCAUGGAAGCAGCCAGGCCCAAUUUGUGGCAGAGACGCACAUUGUCCUACUCUUCAAUGGCGCAGUUUCCGCUGGGAUUAUUCUGUUGUGUGAAGCUGCCACUUCGGACAUUGUCAUUGGAAAGAGAAAGAUUAUGUGCGUUGCAGGUAUCUGUUUGGUGAUGCUGUGCUUUAGCUGGCUGCUGUCCAUUUUCAGAGCAAAGUACCAUGGAUAUCCAUACAGCUUCCUGAUGGGUUAGAGAUCCAAAUUAUCCUCCAGACAUAACCCAAAUGUGAACUUGAAGACAAGAACAUCUAAAGUGUCAUUAAAUAGUCGUUUCCUGCCUAUUGUUAAAGUGCCACGUUAGAUAAAUCCUUGGUAAUGGGUUAUUGUCUUACCACGGGUUGUACUAUGAAUCAAGAUUAGCAUCUUAACUGUCGCCGUUGAGCUGAAAAUGGAAUUUUCUUCAUCAAAAAGGUGACAAUAUCUAAAUUUGACAAAAUCACCAUGACAACAUGCCCUGGACCUAUAACCUUCUCAUGAGCUAUUUAAGUUUAGAGAUUUGUUCAGAUUGUGAGAAGUAACCUAAAAUGAAAGAAUUCCACUGCCUUCCCACAGGAUUUUCAGAUUUGUUUAUUUUGGGAUUGAUUGAAUUUUUGCAUUUCAAACAUGACCUUUCAGAAACAAAUUUGUUUUUCCCUGUUAAACUGAUGGUGUUGAAUUUCCUGUUGUACAUUUGUAUAUCAAAAGAAUAUUUCAUGAAUAGAGUUUUAUUUGAUUAUAGCAAUAAAUCAAGUUAUAGUAUAGAAUACAAAAUGAUUCAAUUGUAUUUGUUUUAAAGGGAUUGUUAGGGGAGGCAUAGAUGAUUUCGUAUAAUACAAAUAAUUUCUUAGUUUUUUUUCCCCUAAUAACAUAUUUACUCAAAAUAAAACAUUUUAUCAAUAA